GCAAGAACGAAUGCGAACAGUUGGUGAAGCUGCCGUAGUUGCUAGACGAGAGAAGUUGACCACAGAACUGAACCGGUUACGCAAUCGUGUAGAUGAGUUCAACGACUAUGGUGAAAUGGACAGCGAAAUGCAGGCACAAUACGUGCAAGAUGUCCGCGCGGUGCUCAAACGUCUGAUGGAUGCGGAGAAUGAGCGAGCUUGGAUUAAUAAAGAAGAAGAGUUGUAUAAAUUACAAGUCACUACCUAUCCAGACAUUGAGGAAAUUCGUUCGUUAGCGGAACCCUUCCAGCGCUUGUUCAAUACAGUCGUACGUUAUAGUAAAUCAGAAAGACGUUGGCUUCAUGGAGAGUUCGACAAACUAAACGCGGAAGCUAUUGAAGCGGAGGUGGAAGAGUACUGGCGAGAGAUGCUAAAACUGCACAAACUGUUCACGGCCCGGGUGAAAAAGAUGCGAAUGGAGCUGGACGAGAAAAGACGUAAUCAGAAAAAACGACGACGUGUAGAAGACACCAAGGCUGUCGCAGGUGCUGCGGCGGAAGGAGUAGAAACAGAAGCAGCGGCAGCAGAUGCUGCAGCGAUUGCUGCCGCAGCAGGAGCCGAACAGGAAUUGGAGGAGGAUGUGAAACCACCGGCGGCUUUGGAUAUAAUCAAGAAUAUACAAAAUCAGAUGAAACAUUUUAAGGAAAUUGUACCAGUCAUUGCAAUUCUGUGCAAUCCGGGUAUCCGCAAACGUCACUGGGACCAGAUGUCACAAAUUGCGGGCAUAGAUCUGACACCAGAUAGUGGCACAUCGUUGGCUAAAAUGUUGCAGUUAAAUCUGGACCAGUAUAUGGAUGAAUUUGCAGGCAUCUCAACCGGAGCGAGUAAAGAAUUCACACUAGAAACGAAUAUGAAAAAAAUGCGAGAUGACUGGGCCGAAGUGGUAUUCAGUUUGACCUCGUAUCGUGAAUCGGGGAUUUCGAUUCUUGCCUCCGUGGAUGACAUACAACAAAUGCUUGAUGACCAAAUCGUCAAAACUCAAACAAUGCGCGGAUCACCUUUCAUUAGACCUUUUGAAACAGAGAUCAAGCAUUGGGAAGAACGGCUUUUGUACAUUCAAGAAACUAUUGACGAAUGGCUCAAAAUGCAAGCCCAGUGGCUGUAUUUGGAGCCAAUUUUCAGUUCGGAAGAUAUUAUGCAACAAAUGCCGGAGGAAGGAAGACUGUUUCAGGUAGUUGAUCGAAAUUGGAAAGAUAUUAUGCGUAACACGGUACGAGAUUCCAGCGUUCUGAAGGCAACUUCAUUUCCGGGGAUACGUGAACGUUUAAAAGAUAGCAAUGCAUUGCUGGACAAAAUUAACCGGGGGUUGAAUGCGUAUUUGGAGAAGAAACGAUUGUUCUUCGCUCGGUUCUUCUUUCUGUCAAAUGAUGAAAUGCUGGAAAUUUUAUCCGAGACAAAAGAUCCCUUGCGAGUACAACCUCAUCUGAAGAAGUGCUUUGAGGGUAUCGCCAAGUUGGAAUUUGACAAUCGUCUGGAUAUCAAAGCAAUGUUCUCGAGUGAAGGAGAACGAGUUGCCCUUAGUCAGGCGUAUGAGCACGAGAAUCGCGAAGAUUGGGUAUGCUCGUGGCCUGGUCAGGUGGUACUCUGUGUCUCCCAAGUAUUUUGGACACUGGAAGUGCACGAGUUUCUCGAAUACGGAGUCGAAGGAUUGCAAAACUAUCAUCAAAAAUUGGAUCAACAAAUGAGUGAGAUAGUUCGUCUGGUCCGAGGUAAACUGAACGCGCAGCAACGCAUCACUCUGGGCGCACUGGUCGUGAUCGAUGUGCACGCACGUGAUGUAGUGGCGGACAUGAUCAAAUUGGAAGUGACAUCGGAGAACGACUUCAACUGGUUAUCUCAGCUACGCUACUACUGGGAAGAUGGGAAUGUGAAGGCAAGUCACUUGGUCGAUUCGUUUUUGAGACAAACAUCCGCGAUUGUUCGUUUGACGAAUGCCACCGUGAACUACGCCUACGAAUAUUUGGGUAAUUCGCCUCGACUGGUCAUCACUCCGUUGACCGAUCGGUGCUAUCGUACCCUCAUCGGGGCAUUCCAUCUAAAUCUGAAUGGGGCACCCGAAGGACCAGCCGGAACUGGGAAGACGGAAACCACGAAAGAUUUAGCAAAAGCGCUAGCUGUUCAAUGUGUUGUGUUCAACUGUUCCGAUGGAUUGGAUUACAUUGCUAUGGGCAAAGGGUUGGCAUCCACAGGAGCCUGGGCCUGUUUUGAUGAAUUUAACCGGAUUGAAAUGGAAGUACUUUCAGUGGUUGCGCAACAAAUUUUGUGCAUCAUCCGAGCCAUUCAGGCUCAUCUGGAAACGUUUGUAUUCGAAGGGACUGAGUUGAACCUGAAUCCCAAUUGCUACGUCUGUAUCACUAUGAAUCCGGGCUAUGCCGGUCGAUCCGAAUUGCCUGAUAAUCUGAAGGUUCUUUUCCGACCGGUAGCUAUGAUGGUACCAGAUUAUGCCAUGAUCGGAGAAAUAUCUUUGUAUUCAUAUGGAUUUAUGGAAGCCCGAAGUUUGUCGGUCAAAAUUGUGACCACUUAUCGAUUGUGCUCGGAACAACUUUCCUCUCAGUCGCAUUACGAUUAUGGAAUGCGUGCAGUGAAAGCUGUAUUGUCAGCUGCGGGCAAUUUGAAAUUAAAGUUGCCGGAUGAAAAUGAAAAUAUCAUUCUGCUACGCUCCAUCCUGGAUGUGAACUUGCCCAAAUUUUUGUCCCAUGACAUCCCUCUAUUUCGUGGCAUUAUUUCGGAUCUAUUUCCUGGCAUUGUGUUACCACAAGCGGAUUACAGUGUGUUUUUGGCAGAAAUUGAAAAAGUGUGCAAAGAAGAGAAUUUACAAGCAGUCGAUUUCUUCACGGAGAAACUUAUUCAGACGUAUGAAAUGAUGAUUGUUCGACAUGGAUUUAUGUUAGUAGGCGAACCAUAUGGAGGCAAAACUACCGUGUUGCAUGUUCUGGCCGAUACAAUGACGCGCCUGAACGAAGCCGGAUACGAGGAGUUUGAACGAGUUUUGUACAAAACCAUCAAUCCGAAGUCGAUCACCAUGGGCCAGUUGUUCGGUGAAUUCGAUCCAGUCUCACAUGAGUGGACGGAUGGUGUCACCGCCAAUACAUUUCGUGAAUUCGCAUCCAACGACACACCUGAUCGAAAGUGGGUCAUUUUUGACGGGCCCGUGGACACAUUGUGGAUUGAGAGUAUGAACACCGUGUUGGAUGAUAACAAAAAAUUGUGUCUGAUGUCUGGGGAAAUUAUCCAAAUGUCUCGAGUGAUGAGCUUGAUCUUCGAAACGAUGGAUUUAUCUCAAGCUUCGGUAGGUCCUUUUGGAUUUCAGUGA